UUCUAAAGCGACGAAGAAGAAGUGAUGUAAACAGGAAGUUGGGCACGUACGUCCACAAAAACUGUCGUGUCGAAUAUGUGGAUAAAUAUGAAAUUCAGCAAAAGCUGUUGAAUACAGAGGAACUGCCGAAGUUUGCUUUAGUUUAAUCUCGGGACGUUUUUCUUAGUUUGGGGAUUUUUCGCUGUUUUUGGGCCGUUUUCCGGUCAUGUCCGGGUCAGUGAACCCCACAGGAGAGAUGAGCAACGCGCAGUUAUUCCAGCAGGUGGCGCUGCUGCGAUGGUUGAACUCUCAGACUGAGGAGGACCGGAGGAUCUUGGCGGCAGUGACGGGCGUCCAGGUCGGCAGAGAGCUGCUGAAUCGGAUCACCGGCCAGGACAAAGUUGAUGCCUACAAGCGAGACUGUGUCCUGAGCAUUGCACAGUUCCUGCGGCAGAACCCGCGAGCCUCGCAGGCGCAGAUCAACGCCGAGGUGGAGAAGAACGUCCUGCUGUUCGCCGCUCGAGUCAAAGCUCUGGAGACAGCGCCGAUUCUCUGAGUUAUUCUGUGAACGCUCCACAUUUCCCUCGAGUGUGCUCGCUUCAUACUUCAAACCUUUGUUAGUUUGUGUUCUGCUUGUGUUGUCUGCUGAGGCCAUGCUGAGUUCAACGAAAGCUACAGGAUUUGUUUCCACAUGAAGAAAAAUCUGUUUCCGCCUGUGACUCUUCACAAUAAAAGCUCCAGCUAAUUCCAA